UGACCGGCAGCUCUUGCAUGAGGCACCUACAGGCAGAGGAUUAAUUAGGCUUUCAGUUUCAGUUUCCCAGAAAGGAGGUGGGCUUUUUUUUCAACCCUGCUUUAAAAGGCCUCGGGCCCUUCCCAACUGAGUGCCAGCCAACUGUGGCUGCCUAGGAGACUCCAUCUUAAGUCCCUGUGCUUCUGCUGUGUGUUACUGAGUGCCUAGACCAUAGUAUUCAUCUGUACCAUGACCUGAAGAGGCAGAGGCCAUCAUUGUUGGUCCAGUCUCCACCUGGGGAAACUGAGAUUGCACAGUGUCUCUGUGGUGACUAGCAGGGCUUCAUCCAGUGCCCCUGUCCCCACCGAGGGGACUAUGGGAGCCAUGGAAGGUGUGUGAGCAGCAGGUGAGACUGGAGCCAGCUGAAAACUGGGGGACUGGCCCAGUCAACAAACAGUGUUGGACUCUGUCCUGGCACCCGCAGGAAACAGGCUUCAACUUUCAGAAAAAGUGCUCCUGGGACUCCAGGAUACCAAGCAUCUGGCAUUUCCGGCGGAAGUUGCUGGGCGAGGAAAGCCGGCAAGACCUUUUUCCGCAAUCGUCGCUCACGCGCGCAACCCGGGCGACGCGUGGGUCGUGGCCCCGCCUCCCCACGCCAUUGGCCAGCAGCCCCUCGGGCACGCGUAUACUGCGCUUCCGGGCAAUCUCCGCCCCGCAUGGCCUUCUGGUAGUUGUAGUUCGACCGCGAGCGCUGCCGUCGGGAGGCUGCUCCGAGGUUCCAGGCUGUCCCCCACGACCCCGCCUUCGGCGCUCCGAUCGCAGGAUGGAUCCUGUACCCGGGACAGACUCGGCGCCGCUGGCUGGCCUGGCUUGGUCGUCGGCCUCUGCACCCCCGCCGCGGGGGUUCAGCGCGAUCUCCUGCACUGUCGAGGGGGCACCCGCCAGCUUUGGCAAGAGCUUCGCGCAGAAAUCUGGCUACUUCCUGUGCCUUAGUUCUCUGGGCAGCCUAGAGAACCCCCAGGAGAACGUGGUGGCCGAUAUCCAGAUCGUGGUGGACAAGAGCCCCCUGCCGCUGGGCUUCUCCCCGGUCUGCGACCCCAUGGAUUCCAAGGCCUCUGUGUCCAAGAAGAAACGCAUGUGUGUGAAGCUGUUGCCCCUGGGAGCUGCAGACACAGCUGUGUUUGAUGUCCGGCUGAGUGGAAAGACCAAGACAGUACCUGGAUACCUUCGAAUAGGGGACAUGGGCAGCUUUGCCAUCUGGUGCAAGAAGGCCAAGGCCCCGAGGCCAGUGCCCAAGCCCCGAGGUCUCAGCCGGGACAUGCAGGGCCUGUCUCUGGAUGCAGCCAGCCAGCCGAGUAAGGGCGGCCUCCUGGAGCGGACACCGUCAAGGCUGGGCUCUCGGGCAUCCACUCUGCGGAGGAAUGACUCCAUCUACGAGGCCUCUAGCCUCUAUGGCAUCUCAGCCAUGGAUGGGGUUCCCUUCACACUCCACCCACGAUUUGAGGGCAAGAGCUGCAGCCCCCUGGCCUUCUCUGCUUUUGGGGACCUGACCAUCAAGUCUUUGGCGGACAUUGAGGAGGAGUAUAACUACGGCUUCGUGGUGGAGAAGACCGCGGCUGCCCGCCUGCCCCCCAGCGUCUCGUAGUCCCUCACCCGUCCGUCCGCGGGAAGAGCCCCCUUACGCCACCCCCGGCCAGCCUGGGGCCACCCCGCCUCACUGCAUCCUGGGAACCUCCGCCCUGCAAGGCUUUGCUAUCUUCAGCCACUGGGCGGAGCUGCAGCUCUGGAGGAGGGGGCGGGUCGAGGCUGCGUGGUGAUGGGGUCUCCACCCCCAGGCCCUGCCGGGCAGGGCUGGAGCUGGACAGAAGCCAGUGCCUUUAAGUCAUUCGUGUCAAAACCCUCUGGGGUCCGGAGGCAGCGCAGGUGUCCUCCUGGCAAUAAACACUACCUGGUUCACGCC